AUGUCUGAAAAUGGGACACUUGUCGAGGAUCCAACGCACUCUUUACGGAUCACCCUGAGCAUUAUUGGAGUUGUAUUUGGAGCCGAAACACUGGCUGUGAAUGUGUUUGCGUUGUGGUUUUUUAACAAAACCUCCUCCUUCAGAAACAAGCACACCAUGUUGAUUAUGAUCAAGAUUUUGGCGGAUAUCCCGGCUGUUUCUGUCCUAAUUUUCUGGUGGUUGCCUUGGGUGUUUUUUAUGGACAAAAUGACUGUUGAAGUGCUGCCUUGGUUCCGGUAUCCAAAUGUGGUCUUCAGCUCUAUUGCUCACUUCACUAGUUUUUUUGCACUGAACAUGCAGAUUCACAUUUUAAUGGCCAGAUUUGUUGGUGUAUUUUACACUUUUACAUUCAACAAAAUUUUCCGAAGAAAGUAUAUGAUCAUCCUGUUUGGAAUUAACAUUUUUUGGUGUUUCAAUUCCGUUGGUGAGUGUAUUUUUUGCUAUAUAUUUGACCGAUUAUGUGAUAUUACUUUAGCGUUGACCUCAUUCUAUUUUGGUGCCUUUAAUUUCUACAUUCCUGGUUUGUUUUUCUCCUUCUCUCUAAAGGUCCCAUCCUUUGCGCAAGUUGAUAUCCCGAUGGCUGCGCAAAUUGCAGUAAUGGUCCAGAUUUGGAUAUUGGUGGCUAUAUGCCUCGGCUUGGCUAUUGCGACGGUUGUAAAACUAAGGAGGCUGAAUAAUGCAAGUUGAAGGGGUCAUUUCCUCUAUGAUUACCCGUAGAUACUAUUAAAACUGCAUUAAAAUUUGAAAUGGUUCAAUUUUACCGUUAUUCAUUUUAGGCCCAAGCAGAAGCUCAUGGAAUGGGCGGGGAGAUCGGAAAAAAACGACGAAGUGCUGAGUGGAAGUUGCUGGUAAUCAGCAUCGCCUCGCCGCUUCUCUGCACUAUUCAACUUGUUGCCCUAGCGUCAUCAUAUUUUUAUCUGAAAGGGGAAAAUCUCUCAGAACUCAUUAUCUAUUGUUUCUUUGUUACGUGUGUUGCAGAGUUAUUGCAAGCACAAUCUUACGCGUGA